AUGGCAGUCCACCCUCCACAGUACGUCAUUCUUCCAACACUCGCCCAUACACACACACUCAUCCUCCUUCAUGGCCGCGGCAGCUCCGGGCCUGAAUUCGCCUCCGACCUCCUCGAAUCCGGCAUCUCCCAGAGUCUCCCCAGCUGGAAACUCAUCUUCCCCACCGCCCUCUCCCGCCACUCCACCGUAUUCCAGGAAAAUAUGACAGAAUGGUUCGACAUCUACUCCCUCACCGACCCGGCCGCCGAAGCCUCCCUACAGAUCGAUGGGCUCCGGGAGGGGAUUUCUUACGUGCAGGCGCUGGUGGACGCCGAGCUCAAGGAUCUGCCAGCUGAGAGGUUGGCUAUCGGUGGCAUCAGCCAAGGAGCGGCAGUGGGGGUGCAUGCAUUAAUGGGCGGUGUGAGAAGAAGGUUAGGAGGCUUUGUGGGGUUGAGUAUGUGGAUGCCAUUUGUGAGUGAGAAGAAGUUUGGUGAGGAGUUUUAUAGAUCAACUCUGGGAGUAGAAGGUUACGGGGUAAUUAGACAGGGCAGGCAGGAGAUGCUAGACACGCCGGUUCUCCUGUUGCAUUCCGCGGAUGAUAAUGUGGUAGACGUAGCGCUGGGGAGGGAGACGAAGCGGGUGAUGGAGACACUGGGGUUUAGGGUCAAGUGGAGGGAGUAUAGUGAUGGGGGACAUUGGAUUCAGGAGCCCGAGGGGGUUAGUGACCUCGUUGCGUUUCUUGAGACGGUAGGAAAGAAAUAG